AUGCUGUCCAUGACGUACAGCGAGAGCCUGAGGAGCGUGAGCAGCAGGUGUCACUCGGACUGGGCCCUGCACCCCGUCCGCCAGACCGACACGCUGGAGCUGCAGCGGCUGCGGGAGGUGCGGGCGGCCGCCCAGGCCAGGAACAUGGAAAGCUUCCUGCGCAUGCACGGCCUCUCCCUGGACGGCUGCACCGCCCGGCGCACUGGCAUGAAGUACCGGAACCUGGGCAAGUCGGGCCUGCGGGUCUCCUGCCUGGGGCUCGGAACAUGGGUGACCUUCGGAGGCCAGAUCACUGAUGAGAUGGCAGAGCAGCUAAUGACCUUGGCCUACGACAAUGGCAUCAACCUCUUCGAUACCGCAGAAGUCUAUGCGGCGGGCAAAGCUGAAGUGGUGUUAGGAAACAUCAUCAAGAAGAAGGGAUGGAGACGAUCCAGCCUCGUCAUCACCACCAAGAUCUUCUGGGGAGGAAAAGCCGAGACGGAGAGGGGCCUUUCCAGGAAGCACAUAAUAGAAGGUCUGAAAGCUUCCUUGGAGCGGCUGCAAUUGGAGUAUGUGGAUGUGGUAUUUGCCAACCGCCCAGACCCCAACACACCCAUGGAAGGGGAUCCAUUUAGUUCCUCCAAGUCAAGGACUUUCAUCAUAGAAGAGACUGUGCGUGCCAUGACUCACGUCAUUAACCAGGGGAUGGCCAUGUACUGGGGCACAUCGCGCUGGAGCUCCAUGGAGAUCAUGGAGGCCUACUCCGUGGCCAGGCAGUUCAACCUGAUCCCGCCCAUCUGCGAGCAGGCGGAGUACCACAUGUUCCAGCGGGAGAAGGUAGAGGUGCAGCUGCCGGAGCUCUUCCACAAGAUAGGAGUGGGCGCCAUGACCUGGUCCCCUCUGGCCUGCGGCAUCGUUUCCGGAAAGUACGACAGUGGCAUCCCGCCCUACUCUAGAGCCUCUUUGAAGGGCUACCAGUGGCUGAAGGACAAGAUCCUGAGUGAGGAGGGCCGGCGCCAGCAGGCCAAGCUGAAGGAACUGCAGGCCAUCGCCGAGCGCCUGGGCUGCACACUCCCCCAGCUGGCCAUCGCCUGGUGCCUGAGGAACGAAGGGGUCAGCUCCGUGCUCCUGGGUGCUUCCAGCGCAGACCAGCUGAUGGAGAACAUUGGAGCAAUACAGGUCCUUCCAAAACUGUCGUCUUCCAUCAUCCACGAGAUCGAUAGUAUUUUGGGCAAUAAACCCUACAGCAAAAAGGACUACAGAUCCUAAGAAGCC